AUGACACAAGAUAUCUUGGGUGCAUGUGACAGGAGACGUGAACAAAAGGCAAAAAAGUUUAAUAACAAUGACAUGGAGAAGGAGUAUAGGAACGUUGGACCCAGUAUGACCCAGACUAGCCCUGAUACUGUGGAAGAACUCGAGAAAGGAGGACCUGGAACCAUUGAAGAUGCCGAACCUGACAUCAUAAGGAGAGAAGUAGAACAUGCAAAUGGUAAAUUAAAGAGAGGAAAAGCCGCUGGAGUAGAUAACAUCCCAGCUGAGCUACUCCAAACAGGAGAAUCUAAAGUUACAGUACUACAUAGGAUCUGUAUGUUAAUCUGGAAGAACAAAGAGUGGCCAACACAGUGGACACAAUCACUAGUAAUACCGAUACCAAAGAAAGGGAAUUUAAAACAGUGUAACAACUACAGAACCAUCAGUUUAAUUUGCCAUGCAAGUAAAGUCAUGUUAAGAAUAAUUGGAGCAAAACUAAAACUACAGAUUGAGAAUAUUUUGGCAGAAGAACAGGCUGGCUUUCGUGAAGGUAGCAGCACAACAGAACAAAUUUGCAAUAUCCAAAUACUUGGGGAAAAAUCAAGGGAUCACUAA